AUGUCCACAGAAAGCGACGACCCCAACGCCAUCGAUCUCCUAUCCCGCCUAGCAACUCUACUCGCACGAGUCGCCAGCAACCUCCAUCACAACCAUCUCGACCGAACCACCAUUCAGACCCUCCUCCUCCAGUACUCCUCCCGUGCCGAAUCCGACGGCCGCCUCAUCAACGCCUCAAGACAAGACUCCCAGUGCGUAGAACACGGCGUCUUUCUCUCCUACGUCCACGUCGAGUUACUCUCCUGGCUAACCAAACACAAUUACACCAUCCCUCCGUCCUCAGUGAAAUGGUACAGCUGGCGCAAACUCGUUUCGAGAAAGUACCGUCUCCCAUCGCUAUUCUCCGCUCGGGCGCACGCGGCGCAAUUGGAGGAUCUACUGCAGAAUGUGGUGGAUAAGGGGGAACUGCUGCAUGCGGAUCUGCGAGCUCAUGAGAUUGAGGUUCCGGAUGUUGCGAUUGAUUAUGGACAGGUGACGCCUCAGGCGCCGCAGGGGACAUCACCAGAAGCUCUGCAUAAACUGCUGCAUCGCGCGAUGCUGGCUGAGGUACUGCUCCGGGAGGGAAGGGUGUCAUGA